GUCGCCCCCGUCUGUUGUUCCUUACACCCCUCUACACAUGUGCGAUCGUCUGCCUCCACAAUCGUCUUCGUCCCACACAAGUCUGGUGUUGUUACCUGUCCAUGAUUUUGUGCCCUGUGUAUGUGGACCCCCUUACGUGCCCCCCCCUCCCUCCAGCGCCCCCCUUCUCAGCGCAGGCUGCGCCAAAUCUUUCCAGGAGACACCAGGCAGAGAGAAGAGGAGAGGCUGGUGACCAGCAGAACAGGCAAAAUGUUUUCCCUUGGCACUCAUUCUCUUCUCGGGCUGAUGGCUCAGCUACUUGUUCUCUCUCCUUUGGCCCUGGGAACCGAUUUCCGUUCAGCUUUCUCCGUUGCCCGUACAAGCAGCAUGGAAGGGGGCCCUGAAAUGGUCAUCACCUUCGACAAGGUUUAUGUGAACAUCGGGGCGGACUUUGACCCAAAGGCUGGCAUUUUCCGAUGCCGCAUUCCUGGGGCUUACUACUUUUCCUUCACUGUCGGGAAGUUCCCCAAGAAGAACCUUUCAGUAAUGCUAAUGAAGAACAAGAAUGAGGUCCAGGUUAUCGCUUACGAUGAACAUCAUCACAAUGAGCGCAAAGUUGCCAGUCAGAGCGCAAUGCUGCAGUUGGAUUAUGGAGAUACGGUUUGGCUUCGGCUACAUGGAGAUCCAAAAUAUGCCCUCUACAGCAAUGUUGGGCCUUAUACGACCUUUAACGGCUACUUAAUCUACCCAGAUACAUCUUAUUAUUUCCAGGGCGGCAGUGACAACCACAAGCUGCAAGACUCGCAAAACACGGUGACAUCUCGAGAGAGUUCCUCAGAGCACAACGAAGUCUACAACAAGAAUGCAAUGGCAGCCGACCAACCAAUAGUAAACAGAGAUCCUCGGUCAGCCUUUUCAGUUGCGCGAACCAAAAGCCUCAUUGGAUCAGAUGAAGGAAAGACACAGCAUCUGCCGAUCACUUUUGACACAGAGUUUGUCAAUAUUGGAAGUGAUUUCAAUUUGUCUUCUGGAGAAUUUUGGUGCCGUUUGGCGGGGGCCUAUUAUUUCUCUUUCACCAUAGGAAAAAUGCCCUACAAAACCAUGUCUGUUAAGUUGAUGAAGAACCAGAACGAGGUUCAGGCAAUGAUUUAUGAUGACAGUCACUCCAAAAAACGAGAGAUGCAAAGCCAAAGUAUAAUGUUGUCUCUACAGCUUGGAGACACGGUGUGGCUUUACAGCCACAAGCGCGAAGGGUAUGGCGCCUACAGCAACCAUGGAAAGUACAUUACCUUCACUGGUUUCCUGGUCUACCCAGAAUUGGCUCCCAAGCAGCCAAUGCCUGAAACAAGGCAAAAGUCAGAAAUUGUUCUCACUGAAAUUUAAUGGAUAAUGCCACAGUAAUUGACCUUUACGUGACAGUAGAGGAACUAGGCAUGUGCUUAGCAGUGCCACAAAAAAACUUUAAAUAAGACUAGCUUCAUCCACUUUUUCCUGUGAUACACAUGUAUGCUUAUUACACUACUCAUUUUGUUA